GAAAAUUUUUUCAACAUUUAUUAGCAGUUGCCGCUGUUGAAUCUUUGAAGCUCCACGUUUCCAAUUUCAUUGAAUUAGAAGAAAUGCUCGAUGAAAUUUCAGCUGCCUAUAAUCCAUCAUCAAAUCGAUUUACUUAGUUCAUCUGGAUAAUAUUGCAGAGAUCUAUGUGAAUAGUUUAUCAGUGUUUUGCGUCAUGGUUGCUUCCGAUCUUCGAAAAAGACUGAUUUACGGAUUAAGUAAGUGAAAAAUUAUCAUAGAAAAAAAUAUAUUUACCUACGUACCUUGUAUUUCAUCGCAUUUUGUACACCAGUAGAUCGUAAAUUUUCAUGUCUUUAUCAAUGAAUCAUAAUAUUGCAGCCGCGUAUUUAUUUUUUGGAAUAAGGAUAACACAUGACGUUAAGAAGCAUUAGUUCGCUCUAACUGAAAAGUUUAUAUUUUGUAGCCAAAUAAUUCUAGUUUUCAUUGAAAACUUAAGGUAGGUACAUCACCACUUGCAAAUAAAAUGUAAAACAGAUUUUAAAAUCAUUUUCCAUUUUUUAAAGCCAUUAGAUGGAUUGGGAAGUGUAGGAGAAAGGAAAAAAUUGAACAAUUAUGCAAAAUUAUGAAAGAUUUUUGCCGAAAUGAACCUAAAUAGAUCAAAAAUUUGUUUUAAAUUUUCACUUUGAGUAUUGAUGCACCCUAAGUUGACAAAAGUUAUGAAAUUAUUUUGAUCUCGCUAUCCGCGCUAUUUAUUGCGCAGAUAGCAAGAUAACCCACCAUAAGAAAUUUCAAGAAUACCCCUAUACAAAAAAAAUAACAUAAAUUGCACGUAUAACGAGGAUAAAGAAUUUCAAGAAUAGGGGCCCAGUGUGUGAGAAUUUUGUACAAUUUACCUAAAAGCACAAAGCAAUAGCCAAUAUUUUUUACAAAAAUUUGGCUAAAAAUAAUGGAUGUUUUGUUUAUUACUUGAUGAUAUGGCGAAUGGGAAAAUAUUCGGCAGUAAAAUGGUUUCUCAAAUUUGUAAUUUUGUUGACUGUUGUAAGUAAUAAUAAUGGACCUAAACCUUUUUAUUGUCAGAAUUUUCCAUAGGUACUUGAUCGUAAGGAUGACGUGUUCAUUAUUACAGGUUUUUUUCUUUUUUCUUGUAAUUCAAAAACCCCGCGUAAAACCUUUAUUUUCCAUCAACAAAUCUGAUGUAGCUGUCCACUUCGAAGGAAGUAACGAGUAUUUAGCACAAUUAAAAUCUGAAAUAGUAAAUAAAUUUUGUAACACAUCAGAUUCUUUCGAUUCUUAUUGCAGAGAGCGAAAUAUAUCUCGACUUUGUCCUGAAAUACCUCCUAACCUGACAGGCAAAGUGCAGUUAAUCAAAGAAGCAACUCAUUCUUUGGAAAGUUUAUUUGAAGAAUGUGAAAAUUCUAGUCUUCAAAAGGGCGGACGUUACCAGCCAAAUGAAUGUCAUGCGCGCCAUCUGGUCGCUAUUAUUGUGCCAUAUAGAGAUCGUUUCGAACAUCUGAACAUUUUUCUGAGAAAUAUUCAUCCCUUCUUACAAAAACAACAGUUGGAUUACACCAUUUUCAUUGUGGAACAAGCAGGUGAUGGUCCUUUCAAUCGUGGAAUGUUGAUGAAUGUGGGAUUUUUCGAGGCAAUGAAAAUUCGUCCUUUCCACUGUUUUAUUUUUCACGAUGUGGAUUUACUGCCCGAAGAUGACAGAAAUUUAUACACAUGCUCGGAGUCACCUCGCCAUAUGUCGGUUGAAAUUGACGUGUUCGAAUACAAGUUACCGUAUACUGAUUUGUUUGGUGGAGUUGCAGCCAUGUCCACUGAGCAUUUUCUAGCAGUAAACGGUUUCAGUAAUGUGUUUUGGGGAUGGGGUGCAGAAGACGAUGACAUGUUCAUGCGUAUAAACAUGAGCGGUUUGCAUGUAUCAAGGUACCCUUCUACAAAUAAUAUUGCUCGAUAUAGCAUGUUGGCCCACGUAAAGCAAGAUGAAAAUCCUGAAAGAUGUGAAUAUUUUUCAACAUUUUCCGUCAUUUGAAAUUUACGUUUCCGUCGAUUUUUUGGAAGAAUGUAAUGAAAUCUCAGCUGCCUAGAUUUAUGAUCAAAUCGAUGUACGGCAUCUGGAUGAUAGUGCAAAGGUAGGUACCUGUUGUUAUUAUUAGUGUCUUUGUUGAAGCGACUUUGUUUUCGCCAUGCAUGUGCAAUUUUGAAUUUGAUUGAUAUAUUAUGUGUGCAUUUUUUUUACUUGUUUAAGUUUUUGUGGAAUUUUUCCCCAAUUCUAAAACUUUUGUAAAUUUUUAGACAUUUUUUUAAUGUUGUCAUGUUGUUGUAUUGAGUUUUAUCGAUGUUUUAAGCAAUUUAUGCCAAGGUUGGCUCACUUUGAGUGGAAUCACGUCGAGUUUCUGUGAUUUUCGAUCGUAUAAUUUCGAUUCUUAUGUACGAUAUUCGCGAAUUUUAAUUUUAUUUUAAGUAUGAGUAUCUCACUUGAUCAUGACAUGAUCAAUUUUUCUCAUUAUUUGAAGAAGUUUCGGCGGUCUAUUUGACUGAUAUUGCAUUAACUCCAGUUUCAUACGCAUUUCCAGAAUUUAGCCGAAGUUCCUUUGAGAAAAAAUGAACAUAUUUUCCAAUUUGUGAUCUCGAACCGUUUUUAUUCUCGCGCCUAAAAUGCACACAAUUAAAAACAAAAAAAAGUUAUCAUAAUUUCAAAUUUUUAAAUAUGUAACUUUAUUUGGUAGCCUCGUACAUAUUUUACCUAUAAACCUACGCAAUUACAACAAAUACUUCGAAAUUGACACUGGAAAGUGGAACAUACAAAAAUUCACUAGGUAUAUCUAUCAGUCGUCAUAAUUUUAUUUUACUUUAGAGGUAGGUACCAGUCUGAUUCUCAUUCAAUUCGGACCGCAUGAUAAAAAAUAAACUAGAUAUAUGCACGAUUGAAGGAAACUACUGAUAUCAGCAACCAAGUACCGAGUAUAUCGUGUAUUGUCCGUCUAACAUAGCUUGAGCUGAAUUGUGUCAUUUGCAUAAGCCGAAUUCCAACAAAUUUUUCAUGAAUUUUUCCAAAUUUUUUUGGUUCCCAAAAUUUUUUAGAGAGUAAAAAUUGUUGGCUAUGUUUAUUUUGCAUGUUUAUUUAUGGCUGAUUGGCUGGGAAAAGAUUUAUUGAAAUAAAUCAAGAUAAAAGCUAAUCAAUUUGGGAAACCCUUCUGUUAUUCCUUUUUGGCUUCCAUAAAAUGCAACUGACACAAUUCAGCUCAAGCUAUGUUGGACGGACAAUACAUUAGUUGUGCUAAGCCCAUAAGCAUCAGGUAAGGGGCGACGUUACUGGGUUCUUCUGGUUCCUUUCGAUCCCGCCGCAUUAACAACUGUGACAAGAUUGCGAUAAUUUCCAAAUUGUAGCUAAAUGCCCAGCCAGUCUGCCAAAAAAAUCACCAUUACUUGGUACCCAUCUAAAUAAAGCAAGAAAAUCGACCCGAUAGUCCACUCACAACUAAUGUGAACUUUUAGACGAGAGGGUUGAAACGUUCGCAAACGAUUCUCUUGACCCUAAAUCUGAGAUCAAAAAAAUAGAGCAACUACAGUAAAAGUUGAAAAAACAUUUUUUUUUUAUUUUCUUUAAAAGUAGGUUCUGGGGAGUAGAAAUGCAAAGUUUUGCAACAAUCGGCUCACAUUUGGAGGAUUUGUGCCAUAUUUUGAAAUUUGAGUAAGGCUUGAGCUGGAAAAAUCAACUCUUUUCAUCUUGAACAAAUUUGUUAAGAAACGUGAUAAAUUUAAUAAUAAUAACUUAUUCAGAUUAGCAGUGCCAUAAACAUAAGUUGGGUAGUCAUCAUAUGGAUACAUGUAUAUGUAUAGGAACAUAUGUACCAUUUUGAGUCAUAAAAUCUAUUAGGAUAACCAUCCCUUUAAAUUUUACCAAUGAGAAAAGCGCUCAAAUCUUCAUCUCUGACUAGUGAAGCUUAGGUAUUCAAAUAAAUUUUUAAUGUUGAUAUAAGUAUGCAUCAUCUGCUUUCAUUAGAAAACAGCUUGCAUAUAGUUUUUCAUCACCCACUUUAAUAUACUUAUAAAUUUGACUUGAUGGUUAAAUUAUUAUAGGUAUCAAUAAGAUUUUCAGUAAUCAUAUCUUUAUAUUGAGUAAGUACAUACUUUCUCUCAACGUUUUCAUAAUUAAUUUCUUCAUCUUUACUGAUGCCAACGAAAAAUAAAACCAUAAUGUUGUACUUUUUGGCGUCAUUGUA